UGAGAGUGACUCAGUACCUCUUAGGCACAGGCUGCUCUUUACCAGAGCAAUCACAAACUCGAACAAAACAUCUCUCUUCAGACCGCAUUCAUUCUUGAUACUUCCCAUCAAAGGCAUCCUCAGCCAAUAGCCAAUACAGGUUGCUUCAGCAGAAGAUACACCGAACAACUUCAACAGCCAAACCACUCAAUCGACAGCAAAGAUGUCUAGAUUCUACCAUUACCCAUCACCCGAAGAGGCAGCCGCCAUGGAAGCAUCAUCCGCCCUCGAAGACAAGAUAUUCGUCUGCAUCAUGGUAUUUAUGCUCGCUGUCCUGGCCCUUACGAACAUGUUCGUCUUCUACCACCUCUGCAUCGCCUCUCCGCGAAAGAUCAACGUGGAUAGCGACCUCGAGCUUCAGGCCCUUGAUCGAAAGGUCGAGAUCAAGUGGUGGCUCCACGACUACGAUUCCGAGUAGGGGAAUAUAUCCAACCGAGGCUAUGGGUGGAAUCGGUAUGA